AUGGCUCUUCUGCGCGUAUUCAAACAUGGGUUUCUUAUACCCGUUGCCAGCGUAAUAUGCCCCCGAAGAGUCAUUUCUAUGAGUAUGGACGUCUCUUACGGCCGCCAUGCGGUUGCAGCGCUUCUCGAAGGUCGAAUGGGCAUGAUUUACGAGCUCCAUCACGAUCGCGAAGGUCAGCCUGAGCAACGACGCGCUGCCGUCACAUCUCAUGGUGAAAAAGCGGAUGGAACUGCACAAAAACACCUCUCUGGCACGCAGGAGCGCGAGCUCGAUUCCUUCCAGGCAAUUGAUGUACACUCUCACAAUGAACACGUCGGCCUCGAGGGGUUACACGACCAGCAUUCCCAUGAUCGCAAUCUUAUCACUUCAACAUGGAACCUCAACAUGCGAAGUCCUUCGAAAGACCCAGUUGUGCCGGUGUCUAGAGUUGGCAGAUUGUGGAGACAAUUACGAGACCACUCUUCGCAGGAAGGAUCUUGUUCUCAAAUCGUUCCGAUCGGACCAGGCACAUCGACAUUUUAUAGACAUUUGUGUUCUGAGGACGAUCCGCCUCGUAGCGUCUCCAUCUGCCCACAGCGCCGCUGCGUCGCAUUUGGCUGCUCCGCAGGUAUCGAGCUACACUGGAUCGAUGCUCUCACGGAUCAGAGCUUGAGUCGAUACGAUUAUCUAUUCUUCCUCCCUCCUCGCCCUGGUAUAGAGUCAGCCAAGAAAUUGCGCCUCAUCUCCAGCGCUGCACAUCCUGACGAUCGGCCUGCUAUCAGACGAUGCGACGCGCCACUUGGUGGACCUACAAAAUUAUUGCGCAAGAUGGUCUUUGUCCCUCCGGAUGAUAAAGUGAUACCCAGAUUGUAUGCAGCUGCUGCAGAUCUCUCUAAUGGCGCCAUCAUUGUUGCCGUAUAUGGGGACGCAAUUAUGCUCUACAAUGUACCUCCUGAUAUCGUUCUCUAUUCACGAGCAGAGCAGAAAGGUGAUAAUACGGAUAGAGAUGACUUGAAUCCAUCCGCGGUAAGCGCCAAAUCUGUGAAUCAUUGGCUCAAUUGGUGGGACGUACCUCUGACUUCCGAUGUCGCGGCCUAUGCCGAUCCCGAGGACCCCAACUCACCAUGGCCCAUCGCCCUCGGCGGUACCGAAGUAGAUCAGCUCAAGGGUAUUUGCGAAAUCUCAGUCCAGACCCAACCCGACAUUACCAUCCGGGCCUUCACGCACUCAUCGCAGUGCAUAUCGUGGCGUUUCCACAACUACGUGGACCCAGUUGUUCGAACGAAGCAAUACGUAUGCCGAGACGGUAUCGUGCAUGAUCUGUGUUCCAUUGACCAGAGCGGGGACAUCAUCAUGCAAGAUGCGUCAGGACCUACCUUGAAAUGUAGCACGAUCAAUACACCUGUUGGAGGUCACAACGAUGAGCGUACAAAGGCUGAGCGAUCGGACAUGCUCGGCUUUGAUGGCAAUGCAUCAGGAGUGAUGAAGCGAAUGCCCAAAGUCCUUGCUGUGGAGAAUGACGAUUGGGUGGAUCUUGUCGAUGUGAGGGGCUGUUCUGAUGCGUGGUAUGAUGGUGAUGGAGACGUGGUCAUGCUCUAUGACGAUUGA